AUGGGUAUAGCCCUUUACCAGGUGAUUUUAGUACAGUUAGUGCGUUCCCUGCUCCACGGCGUAGGCUACGCAAAGACCGGCCACCGGCUUAAGCGCCACGAUAAGGGCCACGAUGAGACCGUACAGACCGAGGGUUUCGGCGAAAACGAGCGUGAGGAUCAUUCCGACGAACAGGCGGGUUUGCUGGGCGUUGGCCCUGACACCGGCGUCACCAAUGAUACCGAUGGCAUAUCCGGAGGCCUGAGAACGGAUAGGUCAUAG